UAGAAGCACUCCACCUUGGCACUCUGAUGGCAGCCCACGGCUACUUCUUCCCAAUUUCAGACCAUGUGCUCACACUGAAGGACGAUGGAACCUUCUACAGGUUUCAGACUCCCUACUUCUGGCCAUCUAACUGUUGGGAACCUGAGAACACAGACUAUGCUGUUUACCUCUGCAAAAGAACAAUGCAAAACAAAGCCCGCCUGGAGCUGGCUGACUACGAAGCUGAGAGCUUAGCCAGACUACAGAGAGCGUUCGCCAGGAAAUGGGAGUUUAUAUUUAUGCAAGCUGAAGCACAAGCAAAAGUUGACAAGAAGAGGGACAAAAUUGAGAGGAAGAUUCUGGACAGUCAAGAGAGAGCUUUCUGGGACGUACACAGACCAGUGCCUGGAUGUGUGAACACAACAGAGGCCGAUAUCAAGAAGUCCUCAAGGAUGAAGCAGCCUCAUAAAACAAGAAAGUCUGUGUACGGCCUCCAGAAUGACAUCCAGAGCCACAGCCCCGCCCACACCCCCGCUCCAGAGGUCAAAGAGCCCACGGAGGAGGAGAUACGUGACCAGAUUCAACACUGGCAAGCCCAACUAGACAGGCAUCGGUUAAAAAUGUCCAAAGUGGCAGAAAGCUUGCUGAGCUACACAGGGCAGUAUGUGGAGUAUGACCCCUUCUUCACCUCCCCGGAGCCCUCCAACCCCUGGAUCUCUGAUGACAUCACCGUCUGGGAACUGGAGACCAGUAAGGAGCCGGGCCAGCAGAGAGUGAAGAGGUGGGGCUUUGGGAUUAACGAGGUGUUGAAGGAUCCUGUUGGGAGAGAACAGUUCCUCAAGUUUCUGGAGUCAGAGUUCAGCUCAGAGAACCUCAGGUUCUGGCUGGCGGUUCAGGAGGUGAAGAAGAGGCCGAUUCGGGAGGUCCCUACAAGGGUCCAGGAGAUCUGGCAGGAGUUCUUGGCCCCAGGGGCCCCCAGUGCCAUUAACGUUGACUCCAAGAGCUAUGACAAGACCACACAGAAUGUCAAGGACCCCGGACGAUACGCCUUCGAGGACGCACAGGAGCACAUCUACAAGCUGAUGAAGAGUGAUUCCUACAGCCGCUUCCUCCGCUCUACUUUCUACCAGGAGCUGCUACAGGCCAAGAAGAAGGUAAACAACUGGCUGAGGAGGCCGGACGUCUGACUCUGGGUCACAGCUGUAUCUGUGGAGGAUUACAGCAGCUCGGGACGGACGGUUGGAUGAGAGGUUCAAUACAGAGCAGAGGAAUUACACUACAAAUCAAUUUAGGAAAACAUC